AUGGUUCAAGAGAAUAGUUCAUCACAGGAUAAUUGGAUGGUGCAAAGUAAAAAACAUAUAUACCGACGAACAAUCUGGCUUCCAAUCAGAAAGUCGCCUCCAAACAAGAAUCCUUUCAUUGGUGAAGAUUUAAGAUUGACAGUUGCAGCGCCUAAUCGUCCUGCACUGGUCAUUUUCGUAGACUUCUUAUCAGCUUUUGACCGCAUGUGGUUUCCAGCACUAAUUACUCAUUUACAAGAUCUCGAUAUGGCACUACCUCAUAUUCAUUCGAUUCUUUCAUGGCUGCAGAAUCGUUCUUUUUCAAUACAUUUCGGUAAAGACUCAUCGAAGAACAUUAAAAGGUUUGGUUUGUGA